CGAUAACCACGCUGAGUAUUACAGUCAACAACUACAAUCACAUGAGUGGACACUGGAUGGGCGAAUUGAGAAUUGGUUUGGCACUAAACACGUCGAUAACCACGCUGAGUAUUACAGUCAACAACUACAGUCUCAUGAGUGGACACUGGAUGAGCGAACUGGGAAGUAGUUUGGCACAAAACACGUCGAUAACCACGCUGAGUAUUACAGUCAACAGCUACAGUGACAUGAGUAGAGACCGGAUGGGCGAACUGGGAAGUAGUUUGGCACAAAGCACGUCGAUAACCACGCUGAGUAUUACAGUCAACAGCUACGGUUACAUGAGUGGAGACCGGAUGGGCGAACUGGGAAGUGGUUUGGCACAAAACACGUCGAUAACCACGCUGAGUAUUACAGUCAACAGCUACAGUUACAUAAGUGGAGACUGGAUGAGCGAACUGGGAAGAGGUUUGGCACAAAGCACGUUGAUAACCACGCUGAGUAUUACAGGCAACAACUACAGUUACAUGAGUGGAGACUGGAUGGGCGAACUGGGAAGUAGUUUGGCACACAGCACGUCGAUAACCACGCUGAGUAUUACAUUCAACAACUACAGUAACAUGAGUGGAGACUGGAUGGGCGAACUGGGAAGUGAUUUGGCACAAAACACGUCGAUAACCACGCUGAGUAUUACAAUCAACAACCACAGUGACAUGCAUGGAGACUGGAUGCGUAAUCUGAGGAGUGUUGUGGCACAGAUCACGUCACUUGCCAUAUUAAACCUUACACUAAACAACCACACUAAUUCAUACGAAGACUGGAUAAACAAAUUGUGUCAAGCUUCGUCAAGGAUCACAUCGCCGAUCAAAACUUUUCUUGAAGUUAACUUGUUUAGUGAGAGCAACGAAAAACCCUAAAUGAGCGUGGCUUAGCGAAAAGCACAUGUUUUGAACAUUCUCAACACCGACUGAGUAUCCUAACAUGAGGUUGUGG